ACGUUACACAAGCCGUUUCGUAAAUUUUAAAAGCUGAAGUUGUGUAAGGUGGAGAGUCUUUGCCUAAUGAUUUAAUAACAGCGCUCAGUGCUUUUUCAUCAGUGCAGCGAAGUCACAUCAUCUCUGCCUCUGUACCCUGAUUGAGCUGGCAGGCAGUAGUGAUGUGGGGUUCAGGCAUGUUGGUGCUCCUCCUCGUCGGACUUUGGUAUGAGUCCCACGCCCAGAACUCUCAGCCUAUGUUUCAGGUGGUAACGCAGACGAUGCUUCCUCCUGACCGUCUGCACAAUCCCACACAACUCAACUAUGGAAUGGCUGUAACAGACGUGGAUGGUGAUGGCGACCUGGAAGUGGUUGUGGCAGGGUACAAUGGGCCCAACCUGGUGCUGAAGUACAAUCAAACUCUAAACAGACUGGUAAACAUUGCAAUUGAUGACAGCACCUCUCCAUACAACGCCCUGAGGGACCCAGCAGGAAAUGCUAUUGGAGUUACUGCCUGUGAUGUGGAUGGAGAUGGACGUGAGGAGAUCUACUUCCUCAACACAAACAAUGCCUACUCUGGACGGGCAACUUACUCAGACAAGAUGUUCAAGUUUCGGAACGGCCGCUUUGAAGAUCUUCUGGGGGACGAGGUCAAUGUUCGUCGUGGGGUCGCUAAUCGCAUGGCAGGACGUUCGGUAGCAUGUGUUGACAGAAAGGGAACAGGCCGGUACUCGAUCUAUGUGGCCAACUAUGCAAAGGCCAACAUCGGUCCCCACGCUCUUUUAGAAAUGGAUGAGGCUGCAAGUGAUGUCAUGAAGGGCAUCAUCACUCUGUCUGACGUGGCUGCCGUGGCUGGGGUGAACAAGCUCACAGGCGGACGCGGUGUGGUGGUCGGACCAAUCCUGAGCACGUCGAGGUCGGACGUGUUCUGUGACAACGAGAACGGACCCAACUUCCUCUUCAAAAAUAAUGGAGAUGGGACUUUUGUUGAUAUGGCCAGACAGGCAGGUGUGGAGGACCGGUACCAGCAUGGCAGAGGAGUAGCACUGGCUGACUUUAAUGGCGAUGGAAAGACAGACAUCGUCUACGGCAACUGGAACGGCCCACACAGACUUUUCCUGCAGGGCAGCGACUCUAAAUUCCGGGAUAUAGCCAGUGGAGGAUUUGCAGCUCCCUCACCUAUUCGCACAGUCAUUGCUGCUGACUUUGACAACAACAAAGAGCUGGAGGUGUUUUUUCACAACAUUGCUUACAGAAGCAACGCGCCCAACAAGCUGUUCAGGGUGUUAAGGAGAGCUGAUGCAGACCCUUUGAUCCAGGAGCUGAAUGUGGGAGACGCUGCUGAACCGCAGGGGCGAGGAACAGGUGGCACCGUGACAGACUUGGAUGGGGACGGACAGCUGGACCUGCUGCUGGCGCAUGGAGAGAGUGCCCAGCAGCCAAUCUCUGUCUUCAAGGUCACACAGGGCUCCUCCAACAACUGGCUGCGGGUCAUCCCUCGCACACAGUUUGGCUCUUUUGCUCGGGGAGCCAAGGUGACAGCCUUCACCAGGCAGAGUGGAGCACACACACGCAUCAUCGAUGGAGGCUCGGGGUACCUGUGUGAGAUGGAACCGGUUGCACACUUUGGAUUAGGAAACGAUGAGGUGACGGUACUAGAGGUCUCCUGGCCCGAUGGCAGCUCCACCACUCGAACCCUUCAGCCUGGUGAAAUGAACUCAGUGGUGGAAGUAGCCUAUCCCAGAGCAGGGGAAGCAUUGCUGCUUGCCAAUGACACGCAGGUACGCAGAACGGAUCCACGACAUGAAUUAUGAACACGGUGUGGUGAAGGCUUUACUGUCAAGAAUGGCCGCUGUGCAGGUCUGUGAGGACAAUCAUAUCAAAUGCAAUAAAAAUUGCUUUGGAAAAUGCAAUGUUACAGAAAACAUGGUUUAAAAAGACUUUCCUUUUCCUCUGCACUUUAAGACAGCAGUCUUGUUUUCCUUACUCUAUGAGUAGCUCUAACAUUUUGUUAUUUUUCUCUUUAGCUGUUUCCUGCUAGCUCAUUGUUAUUUUUUAUGUGACAUGGCAAACUCCCUUAAUAAACUGAUA